AUGAAGGGUGAAAGGGCGCCAAGAGUCGGCUUGGCUGGUGGGGUGAGUCGGCUUGUCUUUGUGCUUGGCUCGGCUCUAUCUCUUCAAGGCUGUGGCACUCAGAGCGAGAAAUGUCCCUGUUGGCGCCGCUUAAGUGAGGACGACGCCGCUGAGCGCCCGGAGGACGACGCGGAGCGCCCGGGCCGUCAAUUGUCAUCCAGGCGUCGUCGAUCCUUCACUUCCUCUCCUAGAGAGUACAGUGAGUUUUGUUGUGAGGCUCUGAUUUUAAGCACGACGGCCUGGCCGACUUGGAACCUCUAUGCCUAUGGCUACGGCUAUGGCGAAGAGACCACCACUGAAGCCUAUGGCUAUGGCGAAGAGACCACCACUGAAGCCUAUGACUAUGGCGAAGAGACCACCACUGAAGCCUAUGGCGAAGAGACCACUACUGAAGCCUAUGGCUCUCAACAGACCACGACUGAAGGCCCAUUGACAAGCUGGGUAGGUGGUCCAUGGCAGUAUCCAUCAAAUUACAGCAUAUUCCCAAAUGCUGAUUGGUCAAGGGUACGAUUUGUGGAGGAGUCCUACCAGCCUGAAUCGUGCUCGUGGACGUGGCGGAAAGACAAUGCCUUCUUUGCAGUUGAUAUCUGCAUUCCGUUGGUGCGAUUUGGAACUUCCCACAUGUAUGCCUACAUUGAUGACUCACUCAUGUACGCUGAGUGGGAUAGUUUGGAUUGCAGUGGAGAAGUGAAAGAAACCAGGUCAUGGAGCUCCCAUUGCCAGUAUGCCACAUCAAACGCCAAUUACAAAAGCAUUGGCCCGUCAUUGAGUCUCAUUCACCAGCUUCCUGAGCGCACUGGACACCUUGAAUACUCAUUGAAUAUGACCGGGGCAGCUUGGGCGUAUGGCAUUUAUCCGGAUUCCAGUUGCACCGGUGAGCCGACUGAGAUCUGGGUGAGCCCCCUCAAUGCUUGCAAGCGCGAAGCGUAUGGUUCCUACAAGAUGAUGUGCGAGAACGGAAAGGUGGUGCAGCAUUACCACGAGGCCAUACAACACGAAGAUGGAUGCGCCGACUUCGAUGCUCAAUGUCUGUGCAAAGCACAGAUCCCGCUGCCUGAUGACACCAAGGGAUUUGAUCAACUUUCAACGUCAGCCUGCACCGCCUUCAACGUGGGUGCGUUCUACCUUGAGGAAAUUAGGUACUUCAAAGUCCUUGCCGGAUGUAGUUGA